AUGGAGAGAGCGAUGGAGUUGUGCGCUCAGUCUCACGGAAUUGCAUUCAUCCGAACUUCUCGACCGACAUUCCCAGUCAUCUACAAGAAUGACGAGCCGUUUGCCGUCGGAAAAGCUAAAGUCGUCCGAAAGUAUGGCGGCGAACAAGUCUUGUUGAUUGGCGCCGGAGUUACUCUUCACGAGGCUCUGAAAGCCGCCGACGAAUUGGCCUCAAAAUACCAGAUAAAGGCCCGAGUGAUCGAUCCGUUCACUAUUAAACCUAUUGAUAAGGAGACUAUCAUAGCUAAUGCCAAAGAAUGCGGCGGUAAAAUCAUUACCAUUGAAGACCAUUACCCCGAAGGAGGUUUGGGAGAAGCGGUCGCUUCAGCCGUUGCUUCCGAAAACAUUAGGGUCCAAAUCCUGGCCGUCCGAGACAUUCCCCGAAGUGGUCCCCCGCAGGCACUCAUCGAUAUGUUCGGAAUCGGCUCCAAGUCUAUCGUCAACGCUGUCCUCAAUUUCAAAUAA